AGCUUGCUAGUUAGCUUAGCUUGUUAGCUGCUAACAAAGAGAGAUGAAAACACAUCGCUAAGCAGAGAUCAAGUGUGAGUGUAAAGUGUUGUGAUUGUGUGAAAAUGUGCGAAAGAACCAUAGCAGAGUACGAGGAGGAACUUUGUCCAACAAAAGAGGAGAAGGAGCGACAACAUGAAAAACAUCAAGUUGUGUUACACACAACAGACAUCCAUCAGCUGAUUGGACACCAAGAAGAAUGUCUCCCUCAUCUGCAGGGGGACAGAUUCACUUCAGAAGAUCCACAGCCCUCACAUUUUAAAGGGCACGAUGGGGAUUCACAGCCCCCCUAUUUUAAAGAGGAAGAGGAGGGAGAGUGUGUUGUAGGGCAGGAGGAGGAUGAUGUCAGCAAGUUUCCACUGACUGUUGUCUCUGUGAAGACUGAAGAGCAUGAAGACAAAGCACCUGAGUCCUCACAGCUUCAUCACAGUCCAAACGUUCAACAGCCCCUUCACAUUAAAAAGGAAGAGGAUGAUCCACAGCCCACCCACAUUAAAGAGGAAGCGGAGGAUCCACACAUGAAAGAGGAAGAGGAGGGAGAGUGUGUUGUAGGGCAGGAGGAGGAUGAUGUCAGCAAGUUUCCACUGACUGUUGUCUCUGUGAAGACUGAAGAGCAUGAAGACAAAGCACCUGAGUCCUCACAGCUUCAUCACAGUCCAAACGUCCAGCGGGUGUCAGCGGGGAGUCAUGAAGAGGAGUGGCACACCAGUGUGGGACAGAAGGAGCUACAGGCCCCCUCCCACAUUAAAGAGGAGCAGCUUCAUGAUGAAGAUGAAGCUCAGUCCUUACAGCUUCAUCACAGUCAAAGUGAGGAGAACAGAGGGGCGGAGCUUGUAAGUCAACACAUCACAGAAGCUGAUGGAGAGCAUUGUGAAGAUAUCAAGUCAGAACCAGACAGCAUCUUUGCUCCACUGUCAGACAUGGACCACAUGAUGUCACACUCUUCUGAUCACAGUGACCACAUCCAAAAACCUUUGGAGAGUAAAAAUGACUCUAAAGGUGAUACGAGACAUCACACUAACAACAAACACAUUGACUGCUCUGAAUGUGGGAAAUCAUUUAGACAGAAGAGUAAUUUUACAGAACACAUGAGAAUGCAUACUGGAGAGAAAACUUUUUCUUGCUCUGUUUGUAAGAAGAGUUUCUCCAGAAAAGGUGGCAUGACCACACACAUGAGAACACACACUGGAGAGAAACCUUUUACUUGCUCUGUUUGUGCUAAAAGAUUCAAAACUAAGAAUUACAUAAUAUUACACAUGAGAACACACACUGGAGAGAAACCGUUUACUUGCUCUGUUUGUAAGAAGAGUUUCUCCACAAAGCCACACAUGACCACACACAUGAGAACAUACACUGCAGAGAAACCUUUUACUUGCUCUGUUUGUGCUAAAAGAUUCAAAACUAAGAAUUACAUGAUAUUACACAUGAGAACACAUACAGGUGAGAAACCUUUUACUUGCUCUGUUUGUAAGAAGAGUUUCUCCACAAAGCCACACAUGACCACACACAUGAGAACACACACUGGAGAGAAACAUUUUGCUUGCUCAGCUUGUGCUAAAAGAUUCUACUCUAAGAAUGACGUGAUAUUACACAUGAGAACACAUACUGGAGAGAAACCUUUUACUUGCUCUGUUUGUAAGAAGAAUUUCUCCAUAAAACGUAACAUGAUCAUACACAAGAGGACACACACUGGAGAGAGACCUUUUGCUUGCUCAGCUUGUGCUAAAAGAUUCUACUCUAAGAAUGACAUGAUAUUACACAUGAGAACACAUACUGGAGAGAAACCUUUUACUUGCUCUGUUUGUAAGAAGAGUUUCUCCAUCAAGCAUCACAUGACCACACACAUGAGAACACACACUGGAGAGAAACCGUUUAGUUGCUCUGCAUGUGUUAAAAGGUUCAGGUUUAUGUAUCAGGCCAGUAGACACAAGUGUGUAAAAGUCAUGGAAGCUGCAGGGAUGUAAAAACACUUUAUACAAGGGGGGAGUACUGAUUUUAUCUCAAGAGAGUGUGGCUUGCUCGGAGUGGCUGAGCGAUUACCUCUCUCACUACAAACUUUUAUCGCUUCUGAGAUAUUGGGCAGUUAAAAGCGACAGCAAUGAAAGAGGAAAGCAAUGAUCUAGCAAUGAUGUCAUUGUCAUGUCUGUGUAAUCAUGUUUUGUUUUAAGUCAUGUUUUGUUUAGUUAUAGGACUCUUUAGUUUCUGUCUUUUCACUCCCUUGUCUUGUUUCCAUGAUUACCCCAUUAGUUUCACCUGUUCCACGUUUGGACUCAUUGUGCACUCUUGAUUGUCACCAUAGCAACCCAUUAGUUUUCACCUGUCACGUCACGCACCUGUUUCACGUCUUGAGUCACGCACCUGUUUUCGUUAAUCAUGUCUGUAGUAUUUAAGUUCAGUGUUUUUCAGUUUGUCUUUCUGACGACCUCCCCACAUUUAUGCUCUGUCCAUUCUUUCCAUGUCCAUUCCUCAAGCAACUAUUUUUGUCCAAGUGAUUGUGCUAAAUGUAGUUUUAAAACACAGCAUGUUUAAUAAGAAUGUAUAUUUGAUGUUGUAUGUAGUGCUUCUCAUCUUCUAGUCUUAUAUGUUGUCCUGUAGUUACUUUUUAAGUUGUGUACAUGUCUUGAAUAUUAUAUAUGUCGCUACUUUUUUUCCUUCUCAUCUUUGAAGAGAGGGCAUCUGAUUAUUUCCAUUGUUUUUUCCACACAUUUUUC